CGUCACAUGUGAAUCGACUUCAUGUUUCGCAGUGUGUAUGAAAAGUGGAACAUCUUUUAAAUUUGAUGCUUCCUUGCGAGUUGCGUUUGUUGUCGCGCGAAAUUGAGUUAGGUUGUGGCUCGGAUCUUUUGUAUUGUUAUGCAAGGGGAACCUUCACCGUCAGCAGGAGUGACUGCGGUGCCUCAAGGAGACAUCACACAGCCGAAUUCGAAGAGGCCAUUCUGCAUCAUGUUGAAGAUAACUUGCCAACACAUAUACGAGCAACUGAACAUACCAUCUGCUGAUGUUUCGUAAGCUGCUUACUUUGGUAAUAGUACAGAGAGACAGAGAAAUUCUGUUAGGAUUAAAGAAGAGAGGAUUUGGAAAAGGGAAGUGGAAUGGCUUUGGAGGGAAAGUUGAACCUGGCGAAACAAUACAGUGUGCUGCUGCAAGAGAAUUGCAAGAAGAAAGUGGAUUGACAGCACUAGAUUUGAAACAUGUAGGAGUAAUAGAGUUUGAAUUUGUGGGUGACUUGACAAUUCUAGAGGUACAUGUGUUUAAAACCCAUAAAUGGUCAGGAAAUGUCUCAGAAUCAGAUGAUGCAGACAGCUGGGGUACUCUGAUUCCGUCCUGGGGGGUACCAGGUGGUGGUAGGAAGGGCAUCUGGCCACCCCUUCAGACAAACCAUGCCAAAUCCAAUUGUAACCAUGCUGACCCUGCAAAAGGUGUGGGACAAGGUGCAAGCAAAAGAAGAAGAAGAAGAAAUGUUGCCAAAGUGGUAUUCAAUUGACGAGAUACCAUUUGAUAAGAUGUGGGCUGAUGAUCGACACUGGUUACCACUUAUACUUCAAGGGCAUAAGAUCAAAGGUUACUUUCUGUUUGAAGGUCAUAGCACAAUUCUGCGACAUGAUUUGAACAUUGUGACAGAGUGAAGUUAAUGUAUUUGAAAAAUAAAGAAAAUUGUUUCAGAUAUGAUCUUGAGUAAA